AUGCAUGGUAAAAAACCCUUUAGAAUCAAUAGAGUUUCUAAUGAGAGAGCUUCUUCUUGUGAUCAGUGUCAUCAUCAUAAUAAUCAAGAUCACAGAUCAAUAUCUCCAAGAAGUCUGAUUGAAAGAAGAUGUUUAGUUUCAUGUGAUAAUAAUAGAGACUAUUCAAUCCACCAAGAUUCACAUCUAAUUCUUUAUGAAAACAAUAGAGAACAUUCAAUUCAUCGAGAUCCACAUUCGAUUUCUCAUGAUGAUGAUAGAGAAUAUUCAAUUCAUCAAGAUUCACAUUCGAUUCCUUAUGAUGAUGAUAGAGAACACCCAGAAAGAAAACGAUCAAUUCUCUGUGAAUACAAUAGAAAUCAAAGUCAGAAAAUAAAGCGUCCAGUUCUUUAUAAUUCACCAAGAUGGUCUGAUGAUAGUAACAGAAGUUUAAGCAGAAGUUCUAGACUGUACAAAAAUUCAGAAAUAAAUGAAAUUGAAACAAUAAAUUCAACACUUAAACAUUUGAUUAAAGAAGUUGAAGUUUUGAAGAGCGUGCUGCAAGUUCAGUCUACAUGUCUUAAUAAAGGUAAAGGAUCUGUAACUCUAAAAUCACCAGAAGGAUAUGCAUAA